GGAUUGCUGCCGCUGCCUAUCACUACUGCCGUCUAUCGCUGCCUCGGUGCACCUCAUUUUUUGGGUUCUGCAAGCUACAUUUUUGACCUGUUCUAGGCGGCGGCAAUUAAUAUAUGUAUAUUAAAUACAUAAUACACAUUCAUGUAUUUAAUAAUUUCCCCCCUUUGAUUAAUUAGUAAUAUUGAAAAUUACUUUGUGUCCAGGGUCUAUGUUCAGGGUCAGGCAUCUUUGAUGCAACAAUCUUCCAGGCUUCAUGUAACAAUGUGAGCCAUUACUAAGACACAAUGCAUGAUUGCUUUAUCUUGCGCUCUCUUUCUAGGAUGGCUCCAGAGGUGAUUCUAGCCAUGGAUGAGGGGCAGUAUGAUGGCAAGGUGGAUGUCUGGUCACUUGGCAUCACUUGCAUUGAACUUGCGGAACGCAAACCACCCCUCUUUAACAUGAAUGCUAUGAGUGCCUUAUACCACAUCGCCCAGAAUGAUUCACCACUGCUGCAAUCUAGUCACUGGUCUGAAUAUUUCCGAAAUUUUGUGGAUUCAUGCCUGCAGAAGAUCCCCCAGGACCGUCCAACCUCUGAUGUGCUGCUUAAGCAUCGCUUUCUCUUGAGGGAGCGACCCCAGACGGUUAUUAUGGACCUGAUUCAGAGGACCAAGGAUGCAGUGAGGGAGCUUGACAAUCUGCAGUACCGCAAGAUGAAGAAAAUCCUCUUCCAGGAAGCUCAGAAUGGUCCAAAUGCGGAGGCACCAGAAGAGGAAGAGGAAGUAGAGCAGUUUCUUCACCGGACAGGAACCAUCAAUAGCAUGGAGAGCAGCCACUCCGUACCCAGUAUGUCCAUUAGUGCCAGCAGUCAGAGCAGCAGCGUGAACAGCCUGGCCGAUGCCUCAGAUGAUGAUGACGGGGCUGAGAUUGCCAUGAUGCAGGAAGGCGAGCACACCGUCACCUCCAAUAGUUCCGUCAUCCACCGUCUGCCGGGCCAUGACAAUCUGUAUGAUGAUCCCUACCAGCCGGAAGUGGAGUCCCAGAGCUCAUCGUCAGCUGCCCGACGUCGUGCCUACUGCCGUAACCGAGAUCACUUUGCCACCAUUCGUACGGCUUCUCUGGUGACUCGCCAAAUCCAGGAGCAUGAGCAAGACUCAGCACUGCGGGAUCAGAUGAGCGGCUACAAACGGAUGCGGCGUCAACAUCAGAAACAGUUGCUGGCUCUGGAGAACAAACUGCGGGCUGAGCUGGAUGAACACCAGCUGCGCCUCGACAAAGAGCUUGAGGCCCACCGCAACAACUUCUCAGCUGAGGCUGAAAAACUGGCCAAGAAGCAUCAGGCUAUUUUUGAGAAAGAGGCAAAAGCUGCCCUGGCCGAAGAGAAGAAAUUUCAGCAACAUAUCUUGGGUCAACAGAAGAAGGAGUUGGGCAACUUACUUGAAUCACAGAAGCGCCAAUAUAAGUUACGGAAGGAGCAGCUGAAAGAGGAGUUGCAGGAGAAUCAGAGCACACCCAAGCGGGAAAAGCAGGAAUGGUUGCUCAGACAAAAAGAGAACAUGCAACAUUAUCAGGCCGAGGAAGAGGCCAACCUUUUGCGGCGCCAGCGGCAGUACUUUGAGCUGCAAUGUCGCCAAUACAAACGCAAGAUGCUGCUGGCACGCCAUAACUUGGACCAAGACUUGCUGCGGGAGGAACUGAACAAGAAACAAACACAGAAGGAUCUGGAGUGCGCCAUGUUGCUGCGCCAGCAUGAGUCCACCCAGGAGUUGGAAUUUCGUCACCUUCAUACUGUCCAGCGUACGCGCACAGAGCUUACCCGUCUGCAACACCAAACUGAGCUGUCAAACCAGCUGGAAUACAAUAAACGCCGUGAACAGGAACUACGCCAGAAGCAUGCCAUGGAGGUCCGGCAGCAGCCUAAAAGCCUCAAAUCCAAAGAACUGCAAAUUAAAAAGCAGUUUCAGGACACCUGUAAGAUCCAGACNAUCUACACUAGCUGUUUAGAUGAAGUUACCAUCGAAGAGGAGAUGUUGGCCUUGCAGAAUGAACGCUCCGAUCGCAUCCGCAGCCUCUUGGAGCGCCAGGCCCGGGAGAUCGAAGCCUUCGACUCUGAAAGAUAUAAGUUUGAUGCAGGAGAGCACAGAAAUCCCGAUGCUGAUUCUUUGCAGCAGUGCUAG